AUGGCUGACGACUCAGAGCCGGCUGCUCCUGCUCCUGCUCCUGUUGCCGCUGAGCCAGAAUCAACUUCAGAUUCCUCUCAAUUGCAAACAACAUCUAAGCCUACCGAGACUUUGGAAAAUUCUCAAGAAUCAACUUCAGAAAUCAAUGAAGAAAAGGAGGUUAAUGAAAAUGACAAUGCCAAUGACAAUUCCAAUGACAAUGAAGAUGAAGAACCUCCAGCCUCUCCAAUUGAGCCCUCUUCUACUCCAUCCACUGAAGCACCUCCAUCACCAUCUGUGGAAGAACCAAAUUCCUCAGAACCAUCCAUACAAGAGCCGACAACAGAACAAGAACAAGAACAAGAGCAAACAGAAACUACGAGUACAACUACAAAUUCAGACUCACAGCAACAAGAACCAGAAAUCACUGAAGAUGGCCUGAAAAACGAUAAGGUCGCCCCCCCAGAACUCUCCGGUGCAACCAUCCACAUCGACGUAACCUCGGCUACAGAAUCCGACCCUACACCUGCAUCAGCUUCCUCCGUUGCAACCGAUGCACUUCCGGACACUCCCUCAUAUCCGGCUUUCCCGGCCCCUGUUACUUCUGCUACAACAACAUCGUCAACCCCAUCAACUACCGGUGCCACCUCCUCAACAACUACCGUCGACGACGAUGUGGCCAACGAAAACGCAACUGUUUCGCCAACCCGUACAGGCCGCCGCUCCCGACGCUCUCCGUCACUUGCCCUCUCUCUCUCAAAUGUCACUAUUUCUGGCCAAACAAUUGUAUCGUCCUCUGUCUUUAUCAAAAAGGCUCUCUCUACAAUUAAAGCCCAUAAGUCAACAGCAAGCCACCCUGCCCUUGACGGCUCAGUCACAAAGGCUCUCAGCAUCUUCAACGACAAUACCCUUCCUCCCCCCUCGGUCGUCUUUGAGCCUUUGCGCAUCGUUUGCUCUCAGUCUUCUUCAAAUGAUCUCAAGGUUGUUGCUCUCGAUUGUAUUGGCAAGCUCUUUAGCUUCUCAUAUCUCGUCGACAUGGACUCUCCACUUCCUCCUACCCCAACCACUCAAGAUCCUUCCUCCGGAAUUACCGCACCACCACGUGUGCCUAUAAUAGACCGUGCAAUCAAAACAGUUUGUGAUUGUUUCCAGGGCGAGUACACCGACCCCAGAGUUGAGCUCCAAAUCAUCAAGGCCCUUAUGGCUGCUGUUUUAAACGAUGAUCUUAUUGCCCAUGGUGCUACUCUUCUUCGUGCAAUCCGUCAAACUUAUACCAUAUUUGUUCUUUCCCAUACUCCUACAAACCAGGCUACAGCCCAGGCUACUCUUUCCCAAAUGAUUGGUGUGAUUUUUGAUCGUGUCAAGUCUGUUAUUAAAAACUCACCUUCCUCUCAAAAGGCAGCAGGAGUUCCUGAAAAUGAGUCAACCCCACAGCUUGAAAAAACUGUGGCAACCGCUCCAGAGUCGUCCUCCAUCCAUGGAAAACUUACCCUUCGCCAAAUGGAAAAUAUGGGCUCCACAGGUGAACUCGAGCGUGUUAAAGAAGAAGUCACUUCAACUCCUACAGAUGCUGCAGACGAAAAUGACCUUUUCGCCAAAGAUGCCUUUUUGGUCUUUAGAACUCUCUGCCGUCUUUCUGAAAAGACUCUAGAAGGUGAUAGCCAGGAAAAUCGUUCUCAUGGUAUGCGCUCUAAGCUUCUUUCCCUUCACUUGAUCCACACAAUCCUCAAGUCCCACAUGUCUCUUUUCCUUUCCCAUGAGGUUUUGAUUCGUUCUCAUCUAAAAGGUGACGAAACCUUUUUGGUUUCUGUCAAGGACUAUAUUUGCUCCACCCUUGCACGCAAUGCUGCCAGUAUCAACCCUGCUGUUUUUGAAAUUUCGACGGAAAUCUUUUUCCUUGUUGUUUCCAACCUGCGUUUCCAGUUUAAAAAGGAAAUUGAAGUAUUCUUUGCUGAAAUUUAUUUCCCCAUUGCUGAAAUGAAGACUUCCACUUACCACCAAAAGCAAUAUUUCUUGUCCACUGUUCAAAAACUCUGUAAUGACCCUCGCGCUCUUGUGGAAAUUUACCUCAACUAUGACUGUGAUUCAACAUCCACUCUCAAUAUUUACGAGCAGCUCAUUGAUUUCCUUGUCAGACUUGCAGUCACCCCUGUAAACCUGACAGCUCUUCAAUUCCAACAGUAUCACGAACUUAAGAACAAGUCCAUUGCUCAUUACAUGCUUUCGUCUUCCCCAGCAAUUGCCAUUUCAAACUUCCAACUCAAUGCAGGCCUUCAUGAGACUUUACCUUAUCCUAUUGAGCAUGCUCUCAAAAUGACCGCUCUUGAGUCUCUUGUUGCAGUUUUAAGAUCGCUUUUGACUUGGUCACAACGUGGCAUUGCUGCAGUUUCAGCUUCGCUUAACCAGGCUGAUGAAGAAACUCAAAAACGACUCCGAUCUUCUUCCCAGGCUGGUGAGGACACUCCAGAAAAUGAUUCAAAAUCUAUUUUGUCUACAGCAACUGGUAGUACCGCUGUCGUUAGUGACGACCCUUCUCAGUUUCAAAACCUUAAAAUCAAAAAGAAUGCUCUUCAGGAUGCUAUCCGUCAGUUCAACAUUAAGCCCAAGCGUGGUAUCAAGGCUCUUCUUGACACUGGUAUCAUCGAGUCCAAGGCUCCUGAAGAUAUCGCCAGAUUCUUGCUUACCACUGAAGGCUUGGACAAGGCUCUUAUUGGUGAAUAUCUUGGAGAAGGUGACCCUGAAAACAUUGCUAUCAUGCACGCAUUUGUUGACCUUAUGGACUUUACUGACGCCAAGUUUGUCACUGCUCUCCGCACCUUUUUGCAAUCCUUCCGUCUUCCCGGUGAGGCCCAGAAGAUUGACAGAUAUAUGCUUAAGUUUGCUGAACGUUACACCCUCAACAACCCCAGCAUUUUCUCCAAUGCUGACACUGCCUACGUGCUUGCUUACUCUGUAAUCAUGCUCAAUACAGAUGCACACAGUCCUCAGGUUAAAAACCGUAUGACGCUUGAUGACUUCUUUCGCAAUAACCGUGGUAUCAAUGACGGCCAGGACAUGCCCAAAGAUUUCCUUACUGAAAUUUAUAAUGAGAUUCAACAGAAUGAAAUCAAACUUCAGUCUGAACAACACGCUGCGCUCUUGUCUUCUGACGGUCAACAGAACGCUUCCAGCGGUGGGUUUGCUUCCAACUUGGGUAACAUUCUCGCUGGUCGCGAUCUCCAGCGUGAAGCUUAUCUUCAGGCCUCGCGUGAAAUGGCAAACAAAACUGAGCAACUGUUUAAGGAGCUUGUUUCUGGCGACGGAAAGCGCCGCACUGCCGAGUCCACAUUCUACAGCGCCUCGCACAUUGAGCACGUUAAGCCUAUGUUUGAAGUUGCUUGGAUGUCCUUUUUGGCUGGUCUUUCUGGUCCCUUCCAGCAGUCUGAGGAUCCUGACGUUGUCAAGCUAUGUCUUGAAGGCUUCAAGUUGUCUAUUCGCAUUGCAUGUCUUUUUGACAUUGACUUGGCCCGUAUCUCAUUUGUGUCUGCUUUGGCUCAAUUCACUAAUCUCCAGAACCUUUCUGAGAUGAAACAAAAGAAUGUCGAUGCUGUCAAACAACUUCUUCAAACUGCCCUGUCCGAUGGCAACCUUCUUAGAUCUUCUUGGAAGGAGAUUUUGACUUGUAUCAGUCAGCUUGAGCGUUUCCAACUCAUCAGCUCUGGUAUUGAGGCCGGCGUCAUUCCCGAUGUGACCAAUGCCCGUUUUGCUUCACGCAAACCUUCAUCCGAUACUCUCAACUCUAGUCGUUCGCGAAGCUCAAACGCUCCCGGGUUUUUUUCACGUCACUCUACGCAGACAGCGCACAGCGCUCCAUAUUCUGCCAAUGGAAACUUGACUACCCACUAUGGCGAUAAACCAUUCUCUUAUUCUCCAGAGCUUGCCGAGGAAUUGCAGUCGCGUGAAGUUAUUCUUGACAUGGAUAAGAUUUUCACCAACUCCGCUCUUCUUUCUGGUGAUGCCAUUAUGGAUUUUGUUCGUGCAUUGACAGAGGUCUCUGGUGAAGAGAUUGCUUCAUCGGGUCAGAGCGAGCACCCACGUAUGUUCUCACUGCAAAAGAUGGUAGACAUUUCAUACUAUAAUAUGAAUCGUAUCAGGGUUGAAUGGUCUCGCUUAUGGGUCAUCAUGGGCAAGCAAUUCAAUGUUGUUGGCUGCCAUCCAAACACCAAUGUUGUCUUUUUCGCUCUUGACUCUUUGCGCCAGCUUUCCAUUCGCUUCUUUGAUCUUGAGGAACUGACCCACUUUAAGUUCCAAAAGGAGUUCUUGGAGCCUUUUGCUUAUGUGAUGGAACACAACAACAACGCUGCAGUCAAGGAUAUGGUUUUGCAGUGCUUGCAACAAAUGGUUCUUGCAAAAUCUGAUAAAAUUAAGUCUGGUUGGAAGACAAUGUUUGCUACAUUUUCUCUCGCUGCUAAGCAGCAAUAUGGACACGUUGUUACGACUACAUAUGAUAUUCUCAGAAGAAUUUACAAGGAGCGAUUGAAUGAAGUUAUUGCUCAGGACGACUUUGGAAAUUUGAUUCAAUGCUUCAGCGACUUGGCCAAGAACCAACGUUUCCAAAAACCCAGUCUUCACGCUGUCGACCUUCUUCGAAAUACCAUUCCUCGUAUUUUGGAGCUGCGCGAUGAGGAACUCAAGCGUAAUGCUGGUGGCGAGCUCACAAUUGAUUUUUACAAUCGUUACUGGUUCCCCGUUUUGUUUGCUCUGCACGACAUUAUCAUGAAUGGCGAGGAUUUGGAGGUGCGCUCGAGGGCUCUCAACUACAUGUUUGAUACACUUACUGAGUAUGGUUCCGGAUUUACUCCAGAGUUUUGGGACUCUGUUUGCAAGAAGUUACUCUUCCCGACUUUUGUCGUUCUUAAGAACCGUUCAGAAAUGGCUCGCUUCAAUACUCAAGAUGACAUUUCUGUAUGGCUGUCAACCACCAUGAUUCAAGCCCUGCGCAACAUGAUUGUUCUUUUGUCUCAUUACUUUGAAGUUUUGAGUGGCAUGCUUGAUGGAUUCUUGGAACUGUUAACUACAUGUAUUAAUCAAGAAAACGAUACCGUGUCGCGCAUUGGUUCUUCAUGCUUGCAGCAACUUAUCCAGCAGAAUGUGGACAAGCUCCAAGAAUCUCACUGGAAGACCAUUGUCGACAGCAUUGAGAAUCUUUUUAACCUGACAACCGCCAGUGAACUGUUUGGUGACUACUCGGACAUUGACGAUCCCGUUGAUGGAAGCAAAACAAGUGUUAAUGGAGCCAGCUCUAUUCCUGUGGAUUCUCAUGGCGUUGAAGAGCAUCCUCCUACACCCAUGAGCCCUAGCGAAAGCUCCAACAACAUAGCUUCUAAGCAAGUCCGUCGUAAGGCUUCAUGGUCUGAUGCUAACCACAACCGCCAGAAACGGUUCCGCAAGACUAUUGUCAAGUGCAUUCUGCAGCUGCUAAUGAUUGACACUGUGGAUGAGAUUCUCCAGCGACAAGAAAUUAACCAGAUUGACGAUGCUAUUAAUGGGAACGGCAACACCGUGCCAUCGCGGACACAAAGCAGUAAUGGCGAGGCCAAAAACACGCCACCACCGGCGCUCAUUAUUCGCAAGCAAGUCAAGGUUGUGGGGACCGAGAUUUACGAAAAAAUGCCCGUUUCUCAGCUUUUGCGCAUUCUUGUGUUGCUUCGUAAGAGUUUUAUUUUUGCUCACAGAUUUAACGGCAACAAGGAACUCCGCACUAACCUGUGGCGCCUGGGCUUUAUGAAGCAACUGCCCAAUCUUCUCAAGCAAGAAUCUCUAUCUGCUCACGUUUACAUUUCUGUUUUGAUCCGCUUGUAUACUGAAGACAGAAAGCUAUACAAUUUGCCAUUAGCUGCUGGCGAUGCAACCAAACUGGCCACUCCUAUUGUUCUUGAAAACUAUGACAAGCAGUUCCCUAGCAAGUUUAUUGCUGCAGAGGCCCGCAACUAUGCCCCUCUGGACGACGACUUGGAUCCAAAGACUAUUGAGAUUGGUACUACCACUGAACUCAAGGCAUACGUCGAGGGCCAGCUGAUCCCCAUGUUGUCGGACUUGCUUGCCAUUUUCGAUCGUCUUGAUUACAACGAUGCCCGUGCCAUUCAGGCAUGGACUCCUGUUAUUGUGUCAAUUCUAGAGGGCCUGUUGACAUUCUCUCAGAGCGACUUUUCUAAGGUCAUUGAGGGCAUGUAUCCUGGCAUUUUGGGCAUUAUGAAUAGAGAUAUGUCGCCAACACUGCGAUUAAUGUUACAGUCAACACUUAAGCGUGUGGGUAAAGUGUUGUUCAAGGGAAAGACUAAGUCAUAA